CAAGUUCUGGGGGAGGGCAGGAAAAUCUGGAGUUUGAUUCUGGGAGUGAGACUGUAUUCUGUGGGUUAAAUCCCAGUGUGAAAGGAGACUACCAGACUCUACAACUCCUUGUGCUGCUGGACCGUUUUAUUUACUGAUGAGAUAUCAUGUCGCACUCUUACAUCCCUAAAUUAGCAGUCAUCUUGCUCCUCGGUAUUUCUAGUAUAUGGCCUGCACAGUGCUGCAAUAAGGCUCUUUGCGCAAGUGAUGUCAGCAAAUGUUUAAUACAGGAGUUAUGCCAGUGUCGACCCAUUGAUGGAAACUGCUCUUGCUGUAAGGAGUGUAUGCUGUGUCUUGGCACACUCUGGGAUGAGUGCUGCGACUGUGUGGGAAUGUGCAACCCAAGAAACUACAGUGACACUCCGCCGACCUCCAAGAGUACUGUGGAAGAACUGCAUGAACCAAUACCAUCCUUGUUCCGGGCACUGACUGAAGGUGAAACUCACCUGAAUUGGAACAUUGUUUCCUUCCCUAUAAUAGAGGAAUUGUCUCACCAUGAAAAUCUUGUUUCCUUCCUGGAGACUGUAAACCAACCACCAACCCAAAAUGCGACUGUUUCCCAGAGUGGAGUUCAUGUAUCACACAGCAGUGAAAAAGAGAACAUGUGUACGGUGGCUUAUUUUGAUGACUGCAUGUCGAUCCAUCAGUGUAAAGCUUCCUGCGAGUCCAUGGGUGCAUCGAAAUACAGAUGGUUUCACAAUGCGUGCUGUGAAUGUGUUGGACCAGAGUGUAUUGACUACGGAAGCAAAACUGUCAAAUGUAUUAACUGCAUGUUUUGAGGACUUUCUCCUUGGACAAUGUAUAGCAACUGUAUUUUAUUUCCCAUUUCAUAUAACUUAUUCCCUUCCACCUGAGUUAUAACACAUGUUGCAAAGUAGUACAUCUUUGUCUUUUUGUCAGGGAAAUAGCUGGAAGUUAGAAGGCAUCUGAGACCGGAUUAAAAUGGUCUUAUAACUGUGCAAUUUGCUUAAUGAUGUAGAAACUGUUCUUUAAUGUUUCCUCUGUUUUGUAUAAAUGAUUUUAGUGGUUCAGUGAAGUAUACCAUUUAUAUAAAUAUUGAAUAUAAUGAAUGCACAUUUUUAGACAUUUUGGGAUUUUAUUCUCUCCCACCCCCAUAUAUUUUCUUCUCCCCUACCUCCUGUACUCCAGGGAUUGUGGGAUUGCACACUUAAGACUGUAGAAAACAUGCGUGCAUCUUUUUUGGCCAUAUUUGUUCUUUUAAAUUAUAUUCCAAAAUAAUUAAAGCAAAGGCUUACUAAAAUUGGAAAUAAAAUAAAACUAUAUAUUUGCUAAUAUUUUUAAAAAGCACAUGUAUAGAUACAAUUGUAUUGCCUUUAAAUUGAUACCAUGUCAUUGUUAACUUUAUGAGGUGGAUAUAGCUAUUGUUGCUAGUCCCAAAAAGUGCUUUAGGAAAAAUGUUGGGAAAUUUU